AUGAUGCAUCCUGAUAUUCCCAAUAACUUCCUGAGACUGCUAGCAGAAGGUUUUGAUGAUGAAACAGAAAAUCAACAAUUAAGGCUUUAUGCAGUUCAGUCUUAUCUCACUUUAUUAGAUGUGGAAAAUGUGUUCUAUCCACAGAGAUUUCUUCAAGUUAUGAGUUGGGUAUUAGGGGAGUAUUCCUACCUCAUAGAUAAGGAAACACCAGAAGAAGUUAUAACCAAACUCUACAAGUUACUUAUGAAUGACUCCAUUUCUUCAGAAACAAAAGCCUGGCUAAUUGCUGCUGUGACCAAGUUGACGCCUCAGGCACAAUCUUCUAACAUUGUUGAGAGAUUAAUCCAGGAAUUUACAGUAUCUUUGGAUACUUGUCUGAGACAGCAUGCAUUUGAACUAAAGCAUUUGCAUGAGAAUGCAGAACUCAUGAAGAGUUUGCUACCACUUAAUAAGAGUUGUGAAGACAUGGUGGUAGAUGCUUCCUUGUCUUUUCUGGAUAGUCAUGUGGCUGAAGAACUCAGUCAGGGGGCAGCACCUUACAAACCUCACCACCAGCGGCAGGAGGAAAAGCUUUCCCAGGAAAAAGUUCUCAAUUUUGAACCAUAUGGACUCUCCUUUUCUUCAUCUGGCUUUACUGGACGACAGUCUCCUGCUGGCAUUUCUCUGGGUUCAGAUAUAUCUGGAAACAGUGCAGAGACAGGGCUGAAAGAGACAAGUAGCUUGAAGCUGGAAGGUAUACAGAAAUUGUGGGGGAAAGAGGGCUAUCUUCCCAAGAAGGAAAGCAAAACUGGUGAUGAAACUGAAGCUCCGCCUAUUCCUCAAGAGAGCAUAAUAGAGAAUGUAGACCCAACUAUAACAAAGAAGGACCCAUCUCAACUCCUUACCCAAUCUAAAGAGGAGAAAGAAAAGCAGCUGCUGGCAUCGUCAUUGUUUGUUGGGCUAGGAUCAGAAAGUACAGUCAAUUUGCUAGGAAAAGCAGAUACCACCUCUCACAAGUUCAGAAGGAAAUCAAAAGUCAAAGAAACCAAAAGUGGAGAAACAGCCAAUGCUCAUAAUAUGACCCGUUCUUCCUUUAGUUCUCCUACAAAUGUGACUUAUGAAGAAGAUUAUUAUUUGGAUAAUUUGCAGGAUAGAAGAGACAAAGAAUUAAAUAAUUUUACUCUCAGUGCAGAACUUUUGGAUUCUGAGUCACUCACAGACCUGCCCUUGGUUGAGAAACUCUCAAAUUGCAGACCGUCUACACCUUCUUUGUUUGCUGAUGACAACAUGGAAGUUUUUCACCCUCCUCAUUCCACCACAGCCUCACUUGCCAAUGAAAUCUCCUUAGCUUCUUUGUUGGAAGAAACUACUGAACACAUGCAUUCAGAUCUUAUGGAAGUCUGCAAUAAUGACACCAUGUCAUUGUCUUCUUACAAAAUUUGGAAAGAUGAUUGUUUAUUGAUGGUGUGGUUAGUUUCUAAUAAGAGUGGUUUGGAAUUGGAAGGUGUUAACUUAGAAAUUGCUCCUGCAGAAAAUUUCAAGAUCACUGAGCAACCUGGAUGCUGCUUGCCUAUAACAGAAGCAGAGAACACAAAAAACUUUCAAUAUCGUGUGCAGAUGGAAAAGCCUUUUACAGAAGGGAAUCUUUCUGGUUUUAUAAAUUAUCAAGUAAUGAACACUCAUGCUGUUCAGUUAGAAUUUUCAGUAAACUUAUCCCUGUUAGAUUUCAUUAGACCAUUAAAAAUCUCAACUGAAGACUUUGGCAAACUCUGGUUAUCCUUCGCAAAUGAUGUGAAGCAAAAUGUAAAAAUGUCAGAAUCUCAAGCUGCUCUGCCUUCUGCCCUGAAGACACUGCAACAGAAACUGAGACUUCAUGUUGUUGACAUUAUAGGCAGUGAAGGGCUGUUGGCCUGUCAGCUGCUCCCAUCCAUUCCCUGUUUGCUGCAUUUCCGAGUUCAUGGUGACGUAUUGGUCCUAUGGUUUAGAUCCUCCUGCUCUACUCUUCCUGACUAUUUAUUGUAUCAGUGUCAGAAGGUGAUGGAGGGAUCCUAG